CUCGCCGGGUGAAUUGCACCGUCCCCGAUUAAAAAGUCGCCGAAAUGAAUGUCUGUUGCAAACUCCACCAUACCUCCAGCCAGUAGUUGCCCACUGAGCGGACUAUCGGAGUUUACUAACAACGUCGGAAUACCACUUCUUUGCGGAGUUUGUAGAAGUCAAUUCAGUGGGAGACGAUUGCAUCAUCGAGAGUCUCGAUUAUCAUUUCAACGGAUUUAUAUACUGGGAUUUGAGUAUAAAUGGAAGAGCAGCCUGGCCUUCCGAAAGGGUCGAGCGACAAAAUCACCAGUUCCACCACCAAGGCACAGUAAUAGCAUUCGACCUACGGAGCCUACAGAAACCACAAGACGCAAUGAAAGAAGCCAUCAUUCACAAAGGACCCCGUGUCGAAAUCAUCGACAGCCCUAUUCCUGUCCCCGGCCCUGGACAGGUUCUCAUCCGAGUUGUUGUCGCGGGCUCCAACCCAAAAGAUAUCAAAACCACUUUUUGGUUGCCACCCGCCAAUACGGGCGACGAUGUUGCCGGCUACAUCGAGUCCGUCGGAGAGGGUGUCGUAGAGUUCCGACGCAACGACCGAGUCGCCGCCUUCCACGAGAUGUUUACCCCUCAUGGAGCCUUCGCCGAGUACGCCAUCGCGUGGGCGUACACGACCUUCCUAUUGCCGGAGAGCACAUCGUUCGAGGAGGCGGCCACGAUCCCUCUGGCGAGCUUGACGGCGGCGCUUGGGCUAUACGGCGAUCUGCGACUUCCUUACCCCUGGACGACCCCGACAGACGAGGACUAUUCAGACUCGGGACCAUUGGUCGUCUAUGGCGCUGGGACUGCGGUCGGGGCCUUUGCCGUGCAGUUCGCCAGCAAAGGGGGGGUGCAUCCGAUCAUCUGCGUGGCGGGUCAGUCCAAGCAACAUGUCGAAACCCUCCUCGAUCGCAGCAAGGGCGACGUUGUUAUCGACUAUCGAGACGGGUUGGAGGCUGUCCAAGAUGGAAUUAGGAAGGCUCUCAAUGGAAAGGAGCUCCUACAUGUGUUCGAUGCCGUGGCUGAUCACGGAAGUGACAAGAUCAUCGGACCGCUCAUCCACCCUGAAAAGGGGAGGCUUACGAUGACUCUGCUCAAACAAGGCGUCAAGGGGCCCAAGGAACCAGGCGUAGUGUUCCCAGAAGCAUACGUUGCGCCACCAUUGGAGGGUUUAGCCGAUGGCGUCGACGCUUAUUGGAUGGGCGUUGGCUCCAUUCACAAUGCCUCGAAGCACUUUGGGUACAUCAUGUCCCGGUACAUUUCGCUUGGCCUUCAGGAACAGUGGUUCAAGCCCCAUCCGCAUGUUCUGAUUCCCGGCGGCUUGAAUGGAGUUGGCAUUGGACUGACUAAACUCCUGGAAGGGCGCGCCCAUGGCGAAAAGUAUGUAUAUCGGGUCGUUGAUACCGAGUCUUAAGGUUCUUCAGUAGUCGAG